CGUCCCUGCACGUACGGAUGUAAAGGACAGGCCAGCGCGCCAAACUGACAUUAACAGCUUAGGACCCGCAGAAUACUUGAGCAAUUAUUUAAGUAUUGGCGUCAAAUAAUCGAUUUAGAUCGUGUGAACACUGUGCCAACUAGACCCUGUACCAACUUACCCGGUUAAACCAGGACUCUUUGUUCUACGAUGGGUUUGCUCGAGCGGUGUCUGGAGCUGUUCAACACCUCCAACCUCUACGAGGUUCUGGGUAUAAACAAAGAGGCGAGUGAGGCAGACAUCCGAAAGAACUACUACAAAGUGUCGCUGAAGGUCCAUCCAGACAGAGCUCCAGACGACCCGCAAGCCACAGAGAAGUUUCAGGUGCUGGGAAAGCUUUAUGCAGUACUGAGCGACAAGGAGCAGAGGGCCGUGUAUGAUGAGCAGGGGUUGGUGGAUGAAGAGUCGGACGUCCUCAGUCAGGACCGCUGCUGGGAAGAAUACUGGAGACUGCUCUUCCCCAAGAUCACAGUGCAGGACAUCCUCGAAUUUGAGAAGAAGUACAAGGGGUCCGACGAAGAGCGGGAGGACGUGAUCCGGCUGUACGUGCAGCACGAGGGGGACAUGGAUGCCAUCACGGCGUCGGCUCUCUGCAGCUCUCAGGAGGACGAGCCCAGGCUGUGCCGCAUCAUCCAGGCUGCCAUCAAGAGCGGAGAGGUGGAGGCCUUUCGAGCUUUUACGAAGGAGAGUCGGGCGAAGAAGAGGGCUCGGAGAAAGAGGGCUGACCGGGAGCGAGAAGAAGCCGAGGAAAUGCAGAAAGAAAUGGGGCUCGGUGAGGACGAGGAGAGCCUCGUCAUGAUGCUAAAGAAAAACCAGCAGUCCAGAGAGAGGAAUUUCAACAGUUUGCUGUCAGAUCUGGAAGCAAAGUACUCGCAAAAAGGCACGAAGCCACAAAAAGGAAAAAGAGCCAAAAAAUAAAUCUUAGGGGGGGAAAAAAAAAGUUUUUUAUGUUGUUAUUCCAGUUCAGACAAAAGCAAAAGUGUUUUAAGGAUAACUGAUUGCAAACCUGUUUCAGCCUCCACAAACAUGUAAAUCCUCUUAUUUCUUGUAAUGUGUUGUAAAAGUUCUAUUAAUAAAUGCAUGCGUUUACAUAAUUUAUACACUUUAUUUAUUUUUUAUUACAAAACAGAUAAUAGCAUUGAGGAGGGGGAAAGGUUGUCACUUUGUCUCCCUUGUGAGAAACAAGUAAAGAAACUAUUUGUGCACAAACCCUGAUGUUACUCGUCAAAGUACGACCAGUUGGCUUUGCUCAAACAAAGAGCAAGUAAAUUAUAUUAAAUACACCACUUUGUUCAGACACCAUAAAUAAAUUCCUUUUGUUAUUUACAAAUAAUGUGUAUGUUAUAAGAUUCCUACAUUGUAGGAUAAUUCCGGCAAAAGCACCUUGAAUAUGGAGAGCUAUUGAGACGGUGCUGUUUUUAUGAGGGCCGGUUGGAUCUUGAUACAGUACGAAGCUCCCUGACAUCAGAGCCGGGAGGAACAUGUCCUAUGAGCAGAUAUGGUUUAUAGGUUUCCCUGCAUAGUCAUUUACGUUUACAGCAACACGUGAAUAUGCUGAUUUUAUACAGCAAUAAAUACUCAUUCUCAUCAAACAUGUGAACACAUAUGACCCCAUGCUGUACAAAGACCGAUCGUUUUUCACGUUUGGCAGGCCCACAAGGUGAUUUCUGAAAUACAAAAAAAAAAAAAAAAAAGGCCUUAAAAAAA